CGCUCCCAGAGGUCCCCAGCGGCGGAAGUUGUCACUUUCAGAGAGACGCGGCCCACGCCGUGCACCCGGCAGUCGGCUAGCCAUGGCGAUGGGUGGAGGUGGCGGUGUCCCAGAGCAGGAGGACUCGGUAUUGUUCCGGCGCGGCACGGGCCAGAGUGAUGAUUCUGACAUUUGGGAUGAUACAGCAUUGAUAAAAGCUUAUGAUAAAGCUGUGGCUUCGUUUAAGCAUGCCCUAAAGAAUGGUGAAAUUUCUGAAGCUUCAGAUAAACCAAAAGGCACACCUAAAAGAAAACCUGCUAAGAAGAAUAAGAGCCAAAAAAAGAAUGCUACAACGCCCCUGAAGCAGUGGAAAGUUGGUGACAAAUGUUCUGCCAUUUGGUCAGAAGACGGCUGCGUUUACCCAGCUACCAUUGCUUCAAUUGAUUUUAAGAAAGAAACCUGCAUUGUGGUUUACACUGGAUAUGGAAAUAGGGAGGAGCAAAAUAUGUCUGAUCUACUUUCCCCAGCCUCUGAAGUAGCUAAUAAUGUAGAACAGAAUGCUCAGGAGAAUGAAAACGAAAGUCAGAUUUCAACAGAUGAAAGUGAGAACUCCUCCAGGUCUCCUGGAAAUAAGCCAAAUAACAUCAAGUCAAAAGCUGCUCCAUGGAACUCUUUUCUCCCUCCACCACCCCCCAUGCCGGGAUCGGGACUGGGACCAGGAAAGGCUGGUCUAAAAUUCAGUGGCCCACCACCACCUCCACCACCACCACACUUCUUAUCAUGCUGGCUGCCUCCAUUUCCUUCUGGACCACCAAUAAUUCCCCCGCCACCUCCCAUAUGUCCAGAUUCUUUUGAUGAUGCUGAUGCUUUGGGAAGUAUGUUAAUCUCUUGGUACAUGAGUGGCUAUCAUACUGGUUACUAUAUGGGGUUCAAACAAAACCAAAAAGAAGGAAGGUGCUCACAUUUCAAUUAAGGAAGAGCACAAGGGAAGGGAAAGAGAGAAUCUCAAGCAGACUCCCCACUGAGUGCAAGGAUCUCAACGACCGUCAGAUCAUGACCUGAGCCAAAGUCAAGAGUUGGAUGUUAACUGAGCCACCCAGGCGCCCCGUCUUCAUCUUUCAUCUCAUGCUAUGAACAAGCAUUCUAUGCACGUCUUUUUAGUGCUACAUUUUUCACAUUUCUGUUCCUUUUCUCUCUUUAAAGUGGCCCCCAGACAUUGUGCUUUGUGUUCCCAAAUGCAGGAAGGCUGUGAGCUGCCUUACAGAGAGAAUGUGUUGGUUAAGCUUCAUUCAGGUUUGAGUAUAGUGCUUUUGGCUGUGAUUCAGUGUUAACCAAUAUAUUAAGGAAUGUGUCUUUCAACAGAAACACACAUUUUAAAAGGUAUUUAUCCGUUGAUAAAAAUGUGAGUAGAGGGUUACCUAAACAUAGCUUUGUAUUUCUUCUAGGAGCAAUGGCUCGGUUUUCACAAAUUCAUUGUUGUGUUUGUUUUUUAAGAUUUUAUUUAUUCAUUUGAGAGAGCGAUUGUGUGUGAGAGAGCAGGCAUGGCAGGGGGAGGGACUGAAGGAGAGGGAGAAACAGACUCCCCAUUGAGCAGGGAGCCCCACACGGGCUUGAUCUCAGGGUGGUCAGUUCAGGCCCCGUGUUGGGGUCCACACUGGGCGUAGAGCCUACCAAAAAAAAGUAUAGUGACUGUUUUUUUAAUGUCUGAAAAACUUUUUAAGAUUAUUUAUAGUCUGAGAGAGAGCAAGAGAGAGAGAGAGAACAAGCAGGGG